AUGGCGGAUAAAAACCUCCUCACGUUCUACUUCUAUGCAUUGCAUGUGUACGCUUAUUCCUUCACCACACAUGAGUUCCCUUAUCAAACUGAUCAUAAGGGCGCCAAAACGAUGGAACUGUUAGAAAGAACGCAACGAGAACUUCGAAGUACAUCGUCUCCGACCAGCACGUUGAAGUUGAUUGACACACUUCAACGAUUGGGAAUCGCAUAUCAUUUUGACGAAGAAAUCAAUGCAGCACUGGAGGGGUUCAUGGAUUAUUGGCAUUCCGGUGAAGAUCUCUUCACUACGGCACUGCAUUUCCGGUUACUCCGACAUAAUGGUUUUCAAAUUAGUUCAGAUGUUUUUCAAAAAUUUGUCGACAAGAAUGGGAAAUUCAAUGGAUCGUUGAAGAAUGACACAUGGGGCAUGUUGAGUUUAUAUGAAGCUUCGUAUUUAGGUGGAAAAGAUGAAGAUAUAUUGUCCCAGGCUACGGAAUUCACAGAAACUCAGCUCAGACAAUCAAUUCCACUAAUGGAACCCCAACUUGGUAGACAGGUUAGUGAGGCCAUACAGCUUCCGAGGCACUUGAGGAUGGUGAGGUUCGAAGCUAGAAGGUUCAUUGAACAAUUUAGUAGGGAAAGCGACCAGAGCUCAGCCCUGCUGGAACUUGCAAAGUUAGACUAUGACCAGGUUCAAUCACUGCAUCAAUCAGAGUUGGCUGAGAUUUCCAGGUGGUGGAAACAGUUGGGUAUUGUUCAUAAGCUCGGGUUUGGUCGUGAUCGACCCUUGGAAUGUUUUCUAUGGACUGUUGGAAUUCUGCCAGAACCCAAGUACUCCAGUUGCCGAAUUGAGCUAGCCAAGACCAUUGCCAUUUUACUAGUUCUUGAUGAUAUAUUCGACAGUUAUGGCUCAUUAGAUGAACUUGUCCUCUUCACUGAAGCAAUUCGAAGAUGGGAUCUUAGUGCAAUGGAACAGCUUCCUGAAUACAUGAAGAUAUGUUACAUGGCAUUGUACAACACUACUAAUGAGAUUGGUUACAAUAUCCUAAAGGAACAUGGAUGGAGUAUUGUUCCAUUCCUAAAACGGACGUGGAUAGACAUGAUUGAAGGUUUCCUACUUGAAGCCCAAUGGUUAAACAAUGGAUAUGUCCCAAAAAUAGAGGAGUAUAUAGAAAAUGGGGUUACAACAGCAGGAACAUACAUGGCACUGGUACAUAUAUUCUUUCUCAUAGGUCAAGGGGUUACAACAGAAACUAUAUCAAUGCUGGACCCAUAUCCCAAGGUCUUUUCUUGCUCCGGAAGGAUUCUUCGGCUUUGGGAUGAUCUUGGUACCGCCACGGAGGAGCAAGAACGAGGAGAUAUUUCAUCGAGCAUAGAACUAUUGAUUAGAGAGAAGAAUCUGUCGUCCCAAGGUGAAGGCAGAAAAGAAGUGAAGCAAAUGAUUCAUAGCUUAUGGAAAGAGCUCAACGGGGAGCUAAUGGCUGCGAAGGCAUUGCCGCUACCAAUCAUCAAAGCUGCUUUCAACAUGUCAAGAACAUCCCAAAUCGUUUAUCAGCAUGGAGAUGAUCACAGGUUUCCCAACGUCGAUGACUGUGUGCAGUCUUUGUUCUUCACACCAGUUCGUUUUUAG